GGUGUGGGCGGAGUAACGUAGCGCGGUUAGAUCACAGUUGGGUUAGGUCAUGAUCGAGUUAGGCCGUGGUUAGGGUAAUAAUACAUGUUAUUGACAGGUGAAAGAAGAGGUGGAAGAUGGACAUAUAGCUCGUAUAUGCAUCACCCUAAAAUGGUUAGCGGAUUCUGAAUACCAGUAAGUGCAAACUGGCCCCACAACCGCGACUGCAUUUCAUGGCCUGCAUUCGAACGGUGUCUCUCACCGAGUUGCAUUUAUACUCCGAACAGAAUUGUCGAAGUUUCAUUUCUACUCGGUGUGUCUGUUAGCUGCAUUCGUGCUUUAAUUCGUAUCAAAGUUUCGAGCGGCACGGACAGAUGGAGGUUCUGCGAACUUAACUAUUGAUAGGCACGCGCAAAUCGACCGUCAAGAAGUACCGGUAAAACAAACGCGAGAUAGUCGCAUACAGUCAUUGCCGCGAGUAUCACGUUCUUGAACAUCAGUGGAUUUAAGAAGCGUACCUCCUCGAGCGUGUACACGUUGCUUCGUGCGUGUGGUUCAACGUGAACGAACAGUCGGACUUUCUUUCUCAAGCGUCGAUACAACAUAUUGGCGUAGAACAUAACGAAAAUAGAAUUUUUGUGACAUAACACAUAGCAACAGGGAAAAAUGUCCACGGCACUGUUGGCCGUGUUCGCCGUGAUCCUAUGCAUCCUGUUCAGGAUAUUAAACGUAAACAGUUCACCACAGAAGCCAUUGAUAAUUUGUCAGGAUCAGUCGUUUCUCACGACGAUUCUUAAAAUCGCACCUGUUAUCGCAGAACCAUAUAAGCCAACAAGGCUAUGGGGUUUCAGUGGCCACGUACAAACUAUCGUUCACAGUAUUAUUGGGCGCGUCCGUUGCCCUUGGCCAAUUGGGGAACGAGUGUACAUCACACUUCAGGAUGAAACCACUCUCACCUACGAUCUUUAUCAACCGUUGACCAACGACUACGAAGAUGAUGUCACGAUCGCUAUUUGUCCCGGGAUCUGCAACAGUUCCGAAAGUGUUUACAUAAGAACCUUCGUACACUUUGUGCAAUGCCAUGGAUAUCGAUGUGCAGUUCUCAAUCAUGUCGGCGUUCUGUCCAGUGUAAAGGUCACUGCGCCACGAAUUUUUACAUAUGGACACACCGACGAUUACCACACGAUGAUACAGAGUUUGGUGGAAAAGCAUCCGAGUACAAAAAUUAUUUGCGUUGGGUUUAGCUUGGGCGGUAACCUCGUGACUAAGUAUUUAGGAGAACGAGGAUCGAAUAAAUUAUCCAACAUUAUCGGCGGUAUAUCUAUCUGCCAAGGAUAUAAUGCCCUUGAAGGUACAAAGUUCCUGCUCAACUGGCAAAACUUCAGACGCUUCUAUCUCUACAUUAUGUCGGAAUCGGUGAAGAAUAUUAUCUUGAAGCACAAGAACAUAUUGCUGUCGGAUGACGUUAAACAGAAGUACGCUCUAAACGAACGGGAUAUUAUUUCCGCUGCUACGUUACCAGAACUUGAUGAAGCUUAUACGCGAAAGGUACACAACUUCAGAUCCGUGAAGGAAAUGUACAAAUGGAGUAGCUGCCUUUUCUAUCUAGACAACAUUACUACACCCAUGGUAUUUAUCAACGCGUUGGACGACCCUAUUGUACCUGAAAUGUUGUUAGAGCCCAUCAGGGAACAUGCCAAAAACCACCCUAAUACCGUGUACAUAGAACUGGCACACGGUGGACAUUUAGGAUUCUACGAAGGUGGUCUUCUCUACCCAAAUCCCAUAACAUGGUUGGACCGUACAUUGGUAUCCCUUGUGGGAUCACUGACGUUAGCGCAUGCAGAUAAAUCACUGAAAGCCUCUUAACCUGAUUUCAUUUCAUCGUCACAAUUAUUUCAUAAGUAAACUGUUCCGCCGUUAAUCGGUGUAGGUCACAUUUAAGAUCUUGUUAAGAGAUCUUGAUCAAGAACUAGUAACUGACUACACGUUAACUGUGAAAUCCUAACGCAUACCGUCGCAGUAUUCGCGAGACGGUGUGUAUUGUAAUCUUGGAUUUAAGUUCAGGGAAACAGAUAAAAGCUAUCUCGACGAAAUUCAUGGUUUUGACGAAUUAACCGGAGAGAAUCUAAGAACUUCUUUAAAAAUGAUGGUAGCACAACUAAAAUCUUGACGAUGAUUUAUUUUUCUUCGAUGUCCUGAUCUUUGACGCUUCUUACUCAGGGAUCUUUGAUAGGGCGAUUUGAUAAGAGAACGUUACUGAAAUCCUACAAUGAAACGUAGAAAUCGUACAAAAGAUAGCAAAAAAAGAAUUGGACGACAUUAUCGUCAUAUGAAAUGUUCGAUCGAAAUAAAAGAUAGAAAUCCCUGCUCCCAUUUUUACAGACUGAAAAAUUAACAGUUUUUUUAUAAAAAUAGCUGACUUUUAGCGAUGAGACUUAUUGAAUUAAUUAAAUGCUAUAUUUCUACUGCUAUUAAUAGUACAAAACGAUUUCAUAAACAAAAGAAAGUUAUAAUUGCAACAGUUUUUAUAUUAUUUAAUCAAAUUUUCAUGGCUGUAUUUCCAUAAUAAUUUUUUCUUCUUUCAAAACUAUCUUCUGAAACAUCUUGUGCUAUUAAUAGUAACGAAAAUUCUGAAUUACAAAUCAAAUGCAAUUAACAGAUGUUGCAAAAGUAUGAAAUGAUGUGAAAGCAAUUCAUACACAAAAGAUUUGACUGAAUGAUUAAAAGCGGGAAACAUAGUAUUCGUUCUCUCCAGAAAAGUUGCGUUUGCAUAUCCUGUGUUCAAUGAUAUAGGACAAGUAUUGAUGCAUAUUUAAUUUAUUAUUUGUAUAGAACAUUAACAUCAACUUCGUUAACAUGGAAAGCAUAUAUGAAGAGUAUAUUUUUUCUACGAUUAUAUUACUUAGCGUUCACAAGCUGUUUGCAAUUUUUCAUCUUUUUUUUCAAACGAAUUUCAUGUGUAUAUAUUUCCAUGUUAACAAAGUUUAUAAACAAAUUUUGCAUCGAUGAAUGCAUUUAAUGUUGAAUUGCAAUUAAUAAUUUAUUACUUUUCGAAUUGUCUCCAGCGAUACCACUAUGAGUUAUUUUUGGAAAUGGUUCAUAUCGGUGAUGGGCAGAUCGAAUGCCCAUUAAAGAAUUCACGAGCAUCUAUGUGCACGGUCGGAGAUUCCAAAUUUUCAAAUUUGAGAAGUUGAACAUUCUGUAACUUGAAAAUUUGAGGAUUUGGAAAUGUUAAGGCUUUAACAUCCUUGAUGUCCGCCACUUACACUCUCGUGCGUCAUCUACCAUAAAUUUAUACGAUGAUAAAUAUGUUUAAAACUUGGUAUCUUAAAAAAUCAAAAGAUUUUUACUUUUAAUUUUCAUGACAAAAGUAAAACGGAAACAAAAAGUUGUGGUCCAAUUAAAAUAUCAUUCGAGCAAUUAACUCAUUAAGUGGUUAGCAUACAGUUGAUGUGACUUAAUUAUAACGAUAAGAUAAAUCAUCGAAUUAAUUACGAGUACUUUGAAACGAUUUGACGUAAUUUAGCUUUCUACGAAUAGUAUUCGUGAUCGCGUACGAAUAUCCCCAUAAAAAUGCGUAUAAGACAAUAAUAUCGCAAAUAAACAUUUCUUUUUUUGCAACGAAACAGUUACUUAACAUCAUUAAUAUUAGUUAUCGAAUUUAAGUUAUUUAUUCGUAGCGUAAAUUCUACAUAGGUGCAACUGAUAGCUGUUAGGUUUCCGAUAACGAUCGGUUCGUUAUCACCAGCAUAUUUUCAGACUGUCGUAUAUUUAGCAUUGUAUAUAAAGUUACAAAAAUUUAUAUGUGUGGUAACUUACGGAUAUUUAUAUAAUGUACAAUGUAAGAGAAUUAAACGAAUGGUUGCUAACACAACGGGUCAAAUUUACUACACGCGCACAUUACAUAGAGUUUCGUGAAUUUAGACAAAUUUUCCUACUGUUUAAGUUGAUAUGUUAGCUCGAGCGGCAGAAAGUAUUGUUCAUUUCUUUUCUAUCGACUUAUAAGCUGAUUUCAUGUAUUCGAAUGAUGAAAUGAAUGAAAGUAUAGAGAGUCUAUACUUAAGCGUACCGCAAAAUGUGGCUAAAUGUAUGUUUGUGUAAACAUGAGGUGCUUAUAGCAGAAAGUGCCUUAGAUUCAGUUCUGCUAUCACAAUUAGUCAACAAUUAAACACCUGUCUGAAAGAUCGCAAUAGUUGUGACAUUAUUUUUUCAUUAAUUGUACGCAAUGUAGUUGGAUAGAUUAGAAAUAGAUUGUUGUUGUAAGCGUCUUUUGUAUUCUAUCCGAAGAAGCAUUUGUUACUUCCAACUGAUUAUACUUUGUAACAAAUAAGUUAUCUGCACUGAAAAUAAAUCUUCUCAAUGGAUGGGUACAUAUCUAUACCAUUAUCUUUUUGAUUAGAUUAACACUCUUUAGCAAUUGUAAACUUUUUACUGAACCCAUACUGCCUUCCGAUAAUGAAAGGAACCACUAGUUUGCGUAAGGCGGCAAUAUAGCGAGGAUUUACUGUAUCGGCUUUAAAAUACAAUAAAUAAAACAUUGACUCGCGGAA